UCUGGCAUGCAGUAUUUUAUUCCCUCUUCAACAAGUAGACAACACUGGUCGACGCUUGCAGUCUCACAAUUUAAUUUCUUUAGUUUUUUGGGUUUCCAUUAACAUUAAGCGCACUCACCGAAGAAUAAAGUUACUCAGUGGCACCCUAUACCCAUUUCGAUCCUAAGAAAAUACGAAUCUGUCAAUUAAUGGACUGCUGGAGCGCGUAGGACAAAGCCAAAGUGCAUCGCCUAUACACAUAAUAAGAAUACCCCAAAAUUUUCAGUUCUUUACAGCAGCGCACACGAAAGCAACAGCAGCAAACACCAUACACCAGCAGAUGUCCGUGAACUGAAUCCGAAUUUUCGCUCGCAACCGAUUCUUCCAAGCCAACUGUACCCACACACCAGAAGCCCUCUAUCCACCAUGGAUGUAUCCGCCUCCACGUCGUUUGAGUCGAACAACGGCACGCCGGACAAGAAGGGCCACUCCUUCAUCGGCGACAGUACUCUUUACGACAGUGCCCUGGACCACCAGUUGUCCACGACAGUCUACAAAUCGUGUAAUGAGAGUCUUAGCAACGAUCAGAGCCAAAAUCCGCUACCGCUACCCUCCACAAAUCCAUCAAGCAAAAUAAUUGCUUCGGAAUUGGGCAGCGAGGCGGGCGCCUUCAAGGCAUUCGGAAGCCCGUCACCGGCACAGACGCCGGCCAUAAAUGCCAGUAUGCUGCUCAUUCAGUCCGAGAGCACCGACACAAACACCUCCCAAGAAGAGGUCGAUCCAAAGUCUCAGCUGGCCAACAAGACAAUAUUCAAGACGGAUAACCCCAACCUGUCAAUUAUAGAAAUAAACGAUAACUCCAUUAAGGAGCAGGACCUCGAAACGGAGGUGUUGCUGGUGGAGGGCGAUAGUGUCAAGAACCUGUUGAAGAAGUCGCCAAGCAAAUCACCGGAUCCCGCCAACGACAAGCGUCGCCGCAAGACCGAAUCCCUUCUGCAGACCAGCAAGCAGAAGCUGGACAUAUCCAUAGCCGAGGCAUCCGCCUUGGCGGAUGGAGAUGCCGAAAAGGGUGAGUUGCUGCCGGUGUCGGUGCCGGCCAUCGACCAGCCACAGACCAAGCGGGAAAUCAAAAUCUACGAUACCAUUGAGGAGUUCGAACAGAACCUGCCCUCGACGGUAACGCUCUUAAAUACGCCCUUCGGUAGCAAGGUCUAUCUUGUGGGCACGGCGCACUUUAGUGAAGAGUCACAGGAUGACGUCUCCUAUGUCAUACGCAAUGUCCGUCCAGAUGUGGUCAUGGUUGAGCUGUGUCCAUCGCGUAUACAUAUUCUCAAGCUGGAUGAAAAGACUCUGCUGGAGGAAGCUAAAAGCAUAAAUAUACCCAAGAUUCGCGGAAUACUGCAGACCCAUGGCUAUAUUAAUGGCAUCUUCUUUAUCCUUUUGCUGCAAAUGAGCGCCCAGAUUGCCAAGGAUCUGGGCAUGGCACCUGGCGGAGAGUUCCGACGCGCCUUUGAGGAAAUUCACAAGCUUCCUGGAUGCAUACUGCAUUUGGGCGAUCGACCCAUUCGCAUAACCCUAUACAGAGCCCUUCGAGCUUUAUCCGUGUGGCAGACCAUGAAGCUGGUGUGGCGCCUUACCUUCACGGACAGCAUCAGCAUCGAGGAGGUAGAGGAGUGCAAGCAGAGCGAUCUGUUGGAGAAGCUAAUGCAGGAGAUGGCUGGCGAGUUUCCGGCCUUUUCGGACGUUUUUGUGCGCGAACGCGACUUAUUUUUGUGCCACUCGCUGCAGCUGGCCUCCUUGCCGCAAGCGGCGCCCGGAGCUCAGCAGAUCCGGCCAGUGCGCGUUGUUGGAGUUGUGGGCAUCGGACACGCCAAUGGCAUUGCGAAAAUGUGGGGAACAGUGGACCCAAAGAAGAUACCCGGCAUUCUCGAAAUCCCCCCAGCCAGCAUGGGCCAGCGCGUCUGCAAAUACACGCUGAAAUAUGGUCUAAUCGGUCUGGGAUGCUACGGAUUAUUCCGCUUCUUUCGGCCGCGGUUGACACGCUUCUUCUAGAUCUCCGUGGACCAGGUGGGAUUCGAUGACAAAGGAUAAAAAUGAGACGGCGACUGUAUUCCUGCGUUUGCUACGUUGUUGAAUUUAUUUUUUAUUAACGAACGAAUCGCUGCGCUGCGCCUGCAGAUGAAGUGAAUUAAUUGUAUUAUAUUUUAUUGUACAAUGAUGUUUUGAUAGACUCGUUUAUAUACGGAAUAUAUCAAAGGAUAUAUACAUACAUGCAGAUAUCACAGACAAACGCAGGUACUACACACAAAAGAAGAAAAAAAAGACCAUUACACAUAAUCCUAGUUUUAAAAGUUCCGAACUCCAAUAGUCCUCCCACGGGCCUGUUGAGGGAUCUAAAUUAAAAUUGUUUAUGUUAAAUUUGUCCAGUUACAUUUAAAAACAAAAAUGAUUUAAAUUAAAAAAGUAUAUAAGUGUAUUUACAUCCGUAACAGGCCUGCAUAUAAGGGCUAUAUCACGUUGUUAUUGUCCACCUGAUUGUUAAAAAAAAAAAGAAAAGAAUCGCAUAUGUAUACAUGAAACUAAGUUUUGGAUAAUUAAGGCAUCGUAUUGCAUGUUGUAUGUACAAGGUUUCCUAGCUUAUUUUAAGCUCAAUAAUGCAAUGUAAAUUCCGGAAGUUAAAUCUUGACUACAUAUUCGUAGGACCCGCCUCUGCAGUAUCAAAUGCGAAACUCCAAUCUUCCAUUCCCACUCACUUAACUCAUAGUUGUUCGUACAAUAGAAAAAUGAUUAAAAAAAGAUACAUAUAAUGUCUAGCCUAGUACAGUUUAAAAUAGAUCGAAAUCGUGAUGGACCUUCUAAUAGGCCCCCGAGUGUUAUAAAUGCGAAACAGAGGAAUUUUAUGAAAACUAAAAACGAAAAACGAAACAUACCAACCUACAUGUACUUUACUUACACUAUAUAUAUAUCUGAACGUUGUAAACGUAAAAGUGUUACGAUUAUUGAAUCAAAGGAACCCCAAUAGAUUUGAAACUCCAUUAAUGGAGUUAUGUAGCAUUUAGAGUAGAAACCACCAACCACCCGAGAAAUAAACUCAAUUAAGUGUACUAUAUGUAAUUCCACGUUGUGUCAAUUCCAAUUAAAAUGCUAAUUGCAAGUCUUUUUGUA